UCCAUGGCGGACCGCCGCGACCAAGACUCGGAGCUUUUCCUCGAGCCACCGUACAAUGGCGGCCAAGAAAAUCAAGAAGACGAUAUGGAGAUGAACAAUAAGGGAACGGAAAGUAGUGGUAGUAGUUGCGGCAGUUUCAGCGACGGAGAUAACUCCUCCGCCGCCGUUGAUCGGUGCCUCCGUCGAGGUUGCAGCUCCGCCUCCGCUUCUCAACAAUGGCCGCAAAGUUUCAGGGAAGCAAGCGAUUCAUACGCAAUAACAAAUUCACCAACAUUCGGGAUUCUACGGAUUCCAACGAUCAUAAAAUCAAGCUUUCAAAAUGGAAUCGAGAGUUUGUUAGAGUCUGAGAUCAAUGACGAUGUCGAUUCCAAUGAAAAGACUCCAUUAUUAACCAAUUAUUACGACGACGAGGGACUCUCGUCUACCCCAUCAGUAUCUUCUCUUCACGGCUGCACCUUCACACAAACCAUAUUUAACGGAAUGAACUUCAUGGCUGGAGUAGGGCUGCUGUCCACACCAUACACGGUCAAAGAAGGAGGAUGGGGAAGCUUGGGAGUGCUGCUUGUGUUUGCCAUUAUGUGCUAUUUCACAGCUAUGCUUAUGAAACAUUGCUUUGAGAACAGAGGCCAAAUCAAUAUCGUUACGUUUCCAGAUUUGGGUCAAGCUGCCUUCGGAACUUUUGGACGUCUUUUUGUAUCGAUCAUUUUAUAUUUGGAAUUAUAUUGUUGCUGCAUUGAGUUCAUAAUCUUGGAAGAGGACAACCUUAGCAGUCUAUUUCCGAAUGCGCGGUUGAAUCUGGGCGGCCUUCACUUGGACUCUAACCACCUCUUUGGAAUCGUUACUGCUCUUCUUGUUUUGCCCACAGUUUGCCUCAGGGAUCUCCGUUGGAUCUCGUAUCUCUCCGCUGGUGGGGUGGUAGCAACAACAGUGAUAAUCCUAACCAUAGCAUAUUUGGGAACACUUGGAGGAAUAGGGUUUCAUGAAGUUGAAGCUGGUGAAGUAGUGAAUUGGAAGGGCAUUCCAUUUGCCAUUGGGGCUUAUGGAUUUUGCUUCUCUGGUCAUACUCUUUUCCCAAAUCUUUACCAUUCCAUGGCAGAUAAAACCAAGUUUACUAAGGCUCUCUUAGUGUGCUUUGUAUUUUGUGUUCUAAUAUAUGGAGGUGUUGCUGUGAUGGGAUUCCUCAUGUUUGGCCAAACUAUAUUGUCCCAAAUAACUUUGAACAUGCCACAACAUGCUCUUGCCUCCAAUGUUGCAAAGUGGACCACGGUUAUCAUUCCAUUGACUAAAUAUGCACUAUUGAUGACUCCAUUGGCAAAGAGUAUAGAGGAGAGGUUACCAGCCAGAGUUUCAAAUAGCUUGUGGUGUUCAAUUCUUAUAAGAACUGCACUUGUUCUCUCUUCCCUUACUGUGGCUCUUCUUCUCCCAUUUUUUGGUCUUGUGUUGGCUUUAAUUGGAUCCCUUCUCUGCAUACUCAUUGCAAUAAUAAUACCAGCCUCCUGCUUUUUGAAGAUCAUGGGGAAGGAAGCUUCUAGACUACAGGUAAUUUCGUGUAAGGUGGUAAUUUUGGUGGGCAUAGUUGGAGCCGUGCUUGGAACGUACUCUUCAUUUUCACAGAUGGCUCGUAAACCAGAGAUCAGUAGGUGAAACAUAUAAUAAGAUUAUUCUCGUUUUAUUUUCUUAGUACAUGUUAAACUCAUGUAUUGAUUCGUUUUUAGUUUUGC